AUGUUUGAAAAUGGGCCGCAAGUCCUACAAAGCGUGAUUAUUCAAAUUCCCGAGUUAACAAUGUCAUUCAUUGAUUACAUUGUGAAGCAUUAUGCGCAAGGAACAAAAAACAAAUUGCGAAUUAAUAUUCUUACAAUGCUCUUGGAUAUCCAUCCAAAUAAAACCAGACACGUCAUCGAGUUAUUAUCAAAGAAGAAAUUUGACUGCAAUUUUGUGUGCCGUUUAGCUGUUGAGAGACUGUCGGAUCUCGAUCUUAUCGAAUUUCUCGAGCCAGUACAAGCUACGAGAGACUCGCCAUUUUCACAAAUUGUUUUGCGAAGUAGUGGUAGACAAGUGCUCCCUCUUCUUAUUGAAAGAGUUUUGAAGAUUGUGCGAAGCGUUAUUGAUAAAACAUCUGAAAGUUUGCCUCCUGUUGCUUAUGCGCCAUGGUGUACAAGAUUAUGUCGAAUAUGCGUUGAAUUGUUGAAUACUUCGGAAAAAUGGAAAGAUGAAGAUGUUGUUACGAUUACCAGAUUCGUUUUUCGAACAACAUUGGAUAACCGAAAUGAUGAAAAAAUGGAGAUAGACACAAGUUUUGAUGGUUAUGGAUCAUCCUCGAAUGGGUUUUACGACAGUAGUAUUGUAUUUGAUUCACAAGAAUCCCAAAGUGAGCAGAUUUCGCGAAAACGGCAGACCACUGAAACUAGCAUGGAAGAAUCGCCAUUUGGAGAUGCUCAUGAGACUUUUGUUUUAGCCUCAUUGGUAGCGAUACCAUUUUUCACCCAAUUCCCACUGAAUCAAACAGCCGCUGUACAACCGCCGGAUCAUUCGGUCUACGCGUGGUUGAGCGCAUCUCGUAGGCGCACAUUCGAUUUUGCCAAGAAUGAUCUAUCGUUUGGAAAAAAUCUUCUGUUUGUGCAUGCCUGCAUAUUGUCCGGAAAAACCGAUGAGCUCUCCGAGUUUGCCAGCGAGAUUCUGAAGCGAAAAGUCGAGAUCACUCAUCGACAUCUUCAUGCGCAAGUGCUUAAAAACGCAUUCAUGUCAAGAUGUCUUUCAGAAACCGAAAUUGCGAAACGGUGCGCAAAUCAACCAAUCACUAAAGGAUUGAGAGAAACGAGCGGCGGAAGAUUGGCAAUUCACUCAUUGGCUGCUCUACAAGCAGCCGGCGUUUUUAAAACAUUCAAAAUUGAUAUUUCGGGUUGGCUAGAACGACAAUUGAUGGAAAUAUCGUACCCAGCCAGUGAAAUUCUCUCUGAGGUGAUUGAAAUAUUCGCGAUUAACACUGUUUCCAGAAAAACGGGUUUGAGUAAAGAAUUCAUCAAUGAAACAUUUAGCGGAGACGUGUUAGACCAGAAAAAAUUAUUGCGACGAGUUUAUGUAAUGCUCUACCUUUGUUCUUAUCGUGAACACACCCAGCGGCACGAUCCUUCUUUGCGAUCUAUGAUUUACGGAGAGGAAUUUUAUACGAAAUUGCCUAUUCGAUAUCUUAUGACUGUAAUGGAAUCAAGACACGAAGAUUUCGAACAUAUUAGAGCAAAAGUGAUUGCUAGAUGUGGAAACCUAUUUCCGUAUAUGAUGCCGACAGCGAAAAGUCUUCUUCUUGCACAAAAAUAUAAUAAUUCAAAGGUUGAGAGAUCGGUUAGCUUCAGUGAAAUCGAUGUGCAAAAGAUGGUACAAACUGUUCGAUGUUGCGAUGGAAUCAAGGCAAUAAACAUUCUAAAGAAGAUCUCCAAAGCGUCUCUGGGCAAUCAAAUAGCGGCGAUGCCAGUUAUGCUCGAGUGUUUCAUGAAAUCAUUGGAAGCCGAAAUGCCCGAAGGAGCUGAUGAUAUUAUUUUGGGCUUGUUCGACACAUGUGAACAGAUUUGUCCAAGGGCUCUUUAUGAGGCGGCAACUUCUCGUUGGAUUGCGCAUGAGGAGCAUCUCACGAUUGCUGAAAUUUACAAAAUUCCGGCGUUGAUAUUUCGCGUUGACAGUCGAAUUUUGAGCUCCGUGAUGCAUUUCGAAUGCUUCAUUCGAACUCUUCGAUUUUUCGCCGAUGCGGUCCGUUGGGAUUUGCGUUUGAAAAUGAUAAUGACGAAUGCGAAGAACGCCUCAAUUGUGCAACAAUUGAAACAAUCCGAAGAAGAUCGAAGGGAGAAAGAACUGCUCACUUCGGCGUAUAUUGAUUCACAGCAUAGUGUUUUAAUACACGCAAUAAUUGAAGUUUGCGAUCCAAAGAGAAUGAAAGAUGAUCCUACUGAUUUUGCUAUGAUUGAGAAGCGGAAGCAAAUUCGAAAAAUCGCCUAUGAUUAUUUGCAUCGAGUUUUUAUUGAUCACGAUGGUCUUUUGAAAGUGGUUCUCACGCAGAAAUUUCCUCUUCGACAAAUUCGGGCAAUGGUUGAAGGAAUCCCGUCGUUAUUUGUUUCCAAUUCGCAUAUUUAUGAGCUGAUAAUGCCGCCCGAUCCGCAGCGCCGAAUUUUCACUGUUGUUUUGGUCGCGGAGCUCUCAAGAAAAUAUCGAGUUAAAGAAUGUUUGGAUACGGCGAGACUCGUGUGCGAUAUUGUCCAUUCGUUACACAAAUUUGGGCAAUUGCCGGCAUCGAGCAAACUUUGGAAGCAUGUGGCGCCGGCGUUGAUUAUUUUGGCUACGGAAUUUCCAUCUCUCACCGACAGCAUAACUAGAUUACUUUGUCGCGUUUUGGCAAACGCUCGAAACCGACUUGCAGUUCGAUAUAGGCUUCUAAGCGGCGAUCCGAAGCAUGAAGAGCAUGAACUAAUUAAUAUGAUCACGACGUUUUUGGAUCGAGACAAAAAGCCGGCUAAUAUGCUUACAUUACGAAUUAAUGAUAACUAG